AUGGGGAAUGUUUGCUGCUGUUGCAAUAAUGCUUCAGCCGUGGCACCUGGUGGCAAGAGCACAACUAUAGGAAGCACGCUCUCGAAGGCCCUCAGCCUCGGCGCUGGAGGAGGACGUCACAACAAGCCGGAGGAGCACGAGAGCGCCGUUCGCGUCGCAGUCGUCGUCCGCCCUGUGCUGCCAUUCGAGAAGAAGAAGGGCGCAGGCGACGCGGUGUCGUGGGACGAGCGGUCCGCGACGGUCAAGGUCAAGGUCCCCGCGGACAAUGCCAACAAGACUGGAGUCAAAGACUUCCAGUUCAACCACGUCUACGGAGGACAAGAGAAGGAGCACGAGAGGCUCUACCAGCACUCCGUGCGCCCGCUCCUCAUGCAGUUCUUCAAGGGCUUCAACUGCACGGUCCUCGCAUACGGUCAGACGGGCUCCGGGAAGACGUACACGAUGACCACGAGCGGCGACGCGAAGAACCACAAGGGCCUGACAUUCCGCGCGACGGACGAGAUCUUCCAGCGGGUGAAGGAGCGCGAGGCGGAGUAUGACAUCACCGUGAAAGCGUCGUUUAUCGAGGUGUAUGGUGACGACCUGCGCGACCUGCUGGUGUCGCAGCAGGCCGCGGCGAGCCGCGCGAAGCCGGCGAUCCACACGACGGCGGACCCGCGCGGCGGGGGGGGGUCUAUUUUCCUGACGAACGUCAUUGAGAGGGAGUGUCGGUCGACCAAGGACGUGAUGAAGAUCAUCGAGACGGGGACGGCGAACCGCGCGGUGGGCGGGCACAACCUGAACGAGCACUCGUCGCGGUCGCACGCGAUCCUGCAGAUCGCGCUCGAGCAGCGGCGCCACGACGACGCCCCCGGGGGGGUCCGGGGGGGUCCUGCGUUCCUGGCGUCGAAGCUGCACCUGGUGGACCUUGCUGGCGCGGAGCGCGCGAAGGAGACGGGCGCGGAGGGGCAGCGGUUCCAGGAAGGGGUCAACAUCAACAAGGGGCUGCUGGCGCUGGGCAACGUCAUCAGCGCCCUGACGGUGCCGGGCGCGGGGAGGCACGCGGCGCGGCACAUACCGUAUCGCGACUCGAAGCUGACGCGGAUCCUGUCUGACUCCCUCGGGGGGAACAGCGACACCCUGAUGGUUGCGUGCGUCACGUCGGCGUCGACGGCGUCGGACAUGACGGUUGGGACGCUGCGGUACGCGUCACGGGCCAUGAAGAUCAAGAACAGGGUCCGACAGAACACGCAGAUGUCCCCGGUGGAGGAGAUCAAGUACUUGAAGAAGAUCAUCGCGGCGCGGGACGCGGAGAUCGAGGCCCUCACGGCACAGAUCGAGGCGGCGAAGCAGCGCACCCACUGCGUCAAGUGCCAGGACCCCCUCUCUUCACCCCUCCCCAGCAGCCUCGCGGGGCCCACCGGCGCCUGA